GUCCGGUCGACCUAUAAAAACUACGUGUGUGGAACGCGUCGGGCAGUACACUUUUAAAGGUGCUAGUUUGUGACUGUAUUUUAGCAACAAAUUAAAAAGAUAACCAUGAAGCUGAGUUUGGUGGUAUUUUGUGUGCUUGUCGCAUGCGGCGUGUGCUAUGCCGUUGAGCAAGGACCUCUCAUGAAUGCUCUCCGGCCGGAGCAAGAUGUUCAGGUGGCUGGUGUUGAACAGCCCAGGGACAAGAGAAGUUUGUUAUUAGGCGGUGGUUUGAUUGGAGCCGGUUUGGCAGCUGGUGCCGUCGGUCUCGGCGCUGGUAUCAUUGGAGCCAAGGUUGGCCUGGUUGGCGGUGCUCUCGCUGCCUCUGCUCUCCACGGCAGGAGCUACGGCGGAUACUACGGCGGUUACGGACACGGAGGCUACGGUCAUGGUUACGGAUAUCCCGUGUACACUAGCUACGGUCACGGAUACGGCGGCUACGGUUACGGAGGCGGCUACGGAUACGGUGGUGGCUAUGGACACGGCGGAUAUGGUGGUUACUACAGGAGCUACUACCCCACUUCUUCAUACAUCGUGUCUGACCCCUGGUGCUAAAAUGUUUAGUUCUUACGAAUAAUUGUAAUGUGUGACUGAUUCGUACAAAUUUAAUUUAUAAGUACAAAAAAAUAAUAAAAUAUCUUUUGUUA